UUCCACCAGACUCUGCUUGAACUUUUCAGACACCAAAACUUCUCCCGGAGAAAAUGUUCACCAAUACUGGACAUCAUUGAUGGUGAUGGAGGGAGAAGGUGAGUUGUUGGACCUGAGUCACCUCUCAGAUGCAGAGCAGACAUCCAUCUUGGAAGUGUUGCUAAGGGACUCGAAUCUGCGAUGCCGUGAUGCGGCGCGUGUAAGGACCCUGCAGCAGAAAGAGGCGGACCCAGUGCGUCUGAGGUCACAGUCGGGGGCGUGGUUUAAUGAGGAGAGGAGCAAGCGCUACCGAGACACGAAGGAUGGCGUUGACAUCGUACAUGCCUCCAUACGAUGCAGAAAGCCAAGAACAGAUUUGUGUCUGAGUGGGGUGUUUAAAGGGCAGAUAGAAGAUGCUCCUCCCACUAACAACAACAACCCUACCUCUCAGAUAGAGGACAAGAAAGAGGAGGAUGACAAGAGAAGGAGUCAAAACCGUGCCACACCUACAGCCAGACCCAGACCCAAACCCAGGAGCCCAAACCCACAGGACAGCAACAGCAUCUCCUCAUCUUCAGAGUACUACAGCAGGAGUAAUGGACACAGAGAGGACACAGAGGAUGGAACACUGCAGACUGUGUCCAGCGUUGUGACAGAAGCUGAUCCGACGCCUCUAAGGCCUGGGAGCUCCAUCAGCACUCUAAGUCUGCAGUCUAACUACACACUAAGUGGCAGUAUGAUGAGUCUGUUUAGUUCGGGGGAGUUUGGAGCAGUGGAGGUAAAGGGGCGUGUCCUGUUCUCAUUGGACUAUGACACGCAGAGGGAGGAGCUAAAGGUCAGAGUGUGUCGCUGUGAAGGCCUGGCUGCCGCACGCAAGGACCGCUCCGACCCGUACGUGAAGGCGUAUCUCCUGCCUGAUAAGUCGUCUCACAGUAAGAAGAAAACAUCAGUGAAGAAAAAGACCAUCAACCCAGUUUUUGACCAGACACUAAAAUAUAAGAUCAGCAUGUCAGAGGUGCGUGGCAGGACUCUGAACCUGUCUGUGUGGCACGUUGCCCCCCUGGGCAGAAACCUGUUCCUAGGAGAGGUAGAGCUGGAGCUGGCUCACUGGGACUGGACACACACAGGCCCUGACUGGCACCAGCUACAGCCACGGUUCCAGUGUAGUCCAGAGUCUAUCAGUAGUCGAGGAAACAUCAUGCUCUCUAUCAAGUUCACCCCAGCAGGAUCGAAGGGUGUAGGUCUACCUCUAUCAGGGGAGCUGCACAUUUGGCUGCGGCAGGCGCAGGGUCUUCUCUCCAUGAAAGGUGGCGCCAUCGACUCCUUCGUCGAGAGCUACGUGCUGCCGGACGCCAGCCGGUUGAGCGGUCAGAAGACACGCGUGGUCAAGCGGUCGGUCAGUCCAACCUACAACCACACCAUGGUGUACGACGGGUUCCAGUCUGCUGACCUGAGGGAGGCCUGCGCCGAGCUGACCGUCUGGCACCGAGAAGGGUUAAAAACACACCUGCUGGGAGGGGUCAGACUCAGCCCUGGGACAGGUCUGAGCUACGGGGUGGCAGUGUCUUGGAUGGAUUCAACAGAGGAGGAAGUCACUGUGUGGAACUCCAUGAUCCUGAACCCUAACCACUGGAUCGACACUACACUACCUAUCAGAACUAACCUGGUUAACCGACAGAAGUAACACUGUUGGUGUAUUCUGGGUAGUAGGUUGCUGUUGGUGUAUUCUGGGUAGUAGGUUGCUGUUGGUAUAUUCUGGGUAGUAGGUUGCUGUUGGUGUAUUCUGGGUUUUGUUGCCUACGGUAGAGAUUGGCUGGGUCUAGUUUUCAAAAAGUUUGGUAAGAGAAAAUGGAAUAGGUGAGUAGGCCAUCUGUAGUUUUAGUUUUCAGACCCAUUAUUAUUAUUCCAGUUUAAUGAAAUAUAUUUCAGUUAGGGCAGUGUAGGGCUGUGGUUUGAUUUAGGAUAUGGUCCGCUAGACUUCCCCAAGCCUCGCUAGUGGUUUAUAACUCCCCUUACGAUCAGUCUGUUGACUUCCACAACAAUAAGGAACUAGAAAGAGGAAACUGGGAAGAGUACAUUACACAUGACUGUGUGUUAGUUAACAAAGAUGUGCUCUUCAUCAGAGGGCCAUUCUUAUGUUAGAACUGUGUAAUUGGUCAAAUAUGAUACUCUAGAUAAUCAACGCUUUCCCUCUCUCCUUCUCUGUCUUUCUUUUCUUCCAUUGCUUUCUCUCUCUCUUUCCAUCU